AUGUCCCGAUCGCUGAAUCCGGGGUUUGCCGAUGCCGAUGUCGAUGUCGAUGCUGACGCUGGCGCUGCGGCUGCGGCCAAGGCUGAGUCUGACGCUCACGCUGACACUCAACGGGACGGUCGCAUUGUCCGACGCGGCGUCGAGGUUAAAGUCCUGGAUCUCGACGACGACCCGCUCGCCGAUAUACUGGAGUGGCUGGACGAGACGUGCGAUUGGAUCCAGGAGGGCCUUGACGCAAGCAUCGACGGCAAAAACAAAAAUCUCGAUAUCAGCAUCUACGAACCUCGGCCGUCAGAAGCGACUAAUAGGCCAGAUCGGCCCGGCGUGUUGGUGCAUUGCAAGCAGGGAGUUUCUCGCUCGGGGGCAUUCGUCGUGGCGUUCUUAAUGCGGCGUUUCCAACUGUCAUACGCCUCGGCGCUCAGCUUGGCGCGUGAGUCGCGGUCCCAGAUCACGCCGAACAGCGGGUUUGAGAAACAGCUCCGCGUGUGGGAAUUUUGCGGGUACAACGUGUAUGAAUGUGGCGAGGAGGCUGGCGGUUCUGGCGAAGCGGGUAGUGGCGAGGCCGUGAGGAAGGAGAAACGGCCGUAUAGGGCGUGGAAAGCGGAACGGGACAAUCUACUCAAGAGGGGGGAGGAGGAUGUGAACAGGGCGAGAUUCUCGAGUUUGGCGGAUAUGGCGGCGCGAUUUGGACGGAGGAGACAGGACGUGAUGGCGGCUGAGGGCGAGGAAGAGACAAGUCCGAUGAACAGUACUCGGGAGGAUGACGGGAAGCUAGACAAGGUUCUGGGGCAGGAUAAGAGGAGGGAAGCGUGGGAACGGGUGCAGAAGAUGGAGAGGGAGUGGAAUGAGAGGUUGAUUAGAGGUCAAAGUCAAGGUCAAGGUCAAGUCAUUGGUGACCACGAUGAGGAAACGCAAAAGUAA